AUGGUUCAAUACAAGCUGACCUUCUUUGAUUCCCGGGGCCUUGCAGAACCUGCUCGCCUGAUCAUGACUUAUGCUGGCGUCAAAUUUGAGGACGAAAGAAUAGGAGGAUUUGAAACCAUUGAACCAAUCCGUGAUCGUAAGUUUACCUCGUCUUAACACAAUCUGCGUGUAUGAUAGAAUUGCCAUAUGGCCAGCUCCCUGUGUUGACUGUUGACGGUAAGACUGAGAUAGGGCAAUCCCUGGCCAUAUUUCGUUUCCUUGGUCGUCGUCAUGGCCUUGGUGGAAAAGACGAUGUUGAACAAGCUCUCGUUGACAGCUAUGGGGAGUUUAUCUAUGAUAUGCUCGCUAGCGCUCGCCCGUAUAUUUUUGUUGCCGCUGGCCAUGUCCAAGGAGACAAGAAGAAGCUUCUGGAAGAGUUCAAGACUUUUGUUGAUACAAAGUGGGCGAAAUACUUUAACAGACUGGUGGAAGUAUGAUAUUUUAAAGCAUUUUCUUAAUUUCUAGAAUGCUUUCGCAAUAAUAAUUUUAGUCUUCGGGCAGCGGAUUCCUGGCUAAGUCAGGCCUGACUUGGCCAGACUUCGUCGUCGCCAACUUCUAUGAAACCGCAACAGUACAUGGUAUGGAGCCAAUAGUGAACCUGAAAAGCUUCAAGGCAAUCCACGACAAAGUCAAGGCGUUGCCUCAGUUAAAGAACUAUUUUGCACAGCGGAAACAAACCAAAUUCUAA